AUGCGGCUAGCUAAGCGAUUAGCCGGCGCUGAAAAUGAGGUUCCCUAUCGUCCUCUUCACCAUUACAAGACCUUCAAGCCAGACGAAGAUACAGAAGCAGAAUGGAUGACGGAUUCAUCCAUCUCGGAGCGGCCCGAUAUCAAACCCAUCAACCCUGAAGGUCCCGAAAGUCCCUACAUCCGCAUCGCUGAAACCGAUCAGGAACUUCAUGCUGCCAUCCAACUCGUCUCUCAAUCUAUCACCCAGCAACGUGAGCUAGCCAUAUCAGCCGUCAUGAAGCACCCCGUCUAUUGGUUUAGCAUGUUACUCGUACUGAACAUCAUCUACACUUACAACUACCACACCGUGGACCUACCCGUUGCGCUGAUUGUCUGGGGCGGAUGCUUCAUGCUGAGCUUGUCUGUCUUGAGGCGCAUCAUCCAGGAGUAUGACACCGUGGCUGAUAUGACGGGACGGUGGGCCUGGUUGUAUGGCGAUGAGCAGCUGUACAAGAAAUCCAAGACCAACGAAUCGAAGAAAGGAAAGAAAUGCGUGAAAGAUCCCAGUCGCAAGAGCGAUUCAACAUGGAGUCUCCGGAGCAGGAGCAUCGUUCUCGUUUCCUUUCUGAACAAAGAGGUUAUUGGCACUAUUGUCAUGCGGGUUGAAUUCAGAAGAGACUCGGUCAUUCCGUCAAUCCGCGCCUGGACCGUCAAGAAAAAGUAUCGCAGCCACGGAAUUGGUAGUGGGAUUCUAGCAUAUGCUGUGGAGAUGUGUCGGAAUCUUGCGUGGGACUCCCCGAUCUUUGCGAUUGAUCAUGCGAACUCUGUCCGCGUGCUUCCAAGCCCACUCAAUGGAUGGAUGGAUGAUAUGGAACAGAAGGCUUGCGAAAAACUUCGAGUUGAGGUUGAAAAGCAGUCAGCAGAGGACUGA